GGCAAUCGUUUCUUACCUCAUUGCUGUUUUCCAGGGGAAAUUGUGAAUACCUGUAUUGUUUUCACAUUAUGCAAGCAAGUACAGUCCACACAUAGAAGGUCAUGUGGGGAAGAGUGUGGUUUUUUUGGAACGGAAACUGUACCAAUUUUUUUUUUCUGUGGCCAUGGCUCCUACGUGUGGCUUUGCCCCUGUGAGUUGUCGAAUCUGUUGCCAUACGUUUAAAUUCCACCUCCGCCCAGAAAAUUGUUUUACUCGACUCCGUCAAUUCUUCGUGAUCCAAGAUUUCUCUCUCUCUCUUUGCAAGUCAAUCUGACAUAACUUUAGCAAACCUAUUUUUUGGCGUUUGACAUAAAUAAGUUUGCAAAUAUGUUGCUUCCAUUUUCAAUUUCCGUGUCUCCUAAGCUGCCUCUUGGCACAAAUGAGUUAUUCCGAAGAACUUCAGGACUGGUUAUUAUCCCACAACUGGUGCUAGGCUUGCUGGUGUGCUUGCUCGUAGCGGGCACUGGGAUCCCACACGAAGCUCGGCUUAGCCAGGGCUGGGUCAUGUUCGUGUCGGUGACCGUCUUCCUGUGCUCCAUGGCACAGCUCACCCUCUAUCUGCUGGCCAUCCCCGAGCAGACGAUCGCGUGGGUUUGCCUGGAGACGGCCUACUAUGGUGCAGCUUUUGCUCUGUACUUCAGUGCAGCAACUCUGCAGGCGAAUUUCACUGCAUCGGGGAGCUCACAAGAUUUACGAUUGAGGCUCAAUACCGCAGCAACCGUUUUUAUAUUUGCGGUGGUGACACUCUACGGCUUCAGUUUCCUCAUCAGCCUCAAGAGGUGGAAAGACACAACGGCAGGCACUGGCGCGAUUAAAGCGGCGAGUCAAGCCUCGGAGAGCCCCGACAAGCCGUGACGCUCACAAACGGCGGAUAAACUCUACCUUUGGUUAAUUUCCAUUGACAAUCUUGUAGGAAGUUCGGAAACUCUUGCCGCGUCAUUAAUCACAGUCUCGCCCAUUAGGUGUGCCCGAUCACCAUCUUUCUGCUGCUGCUGCUGCUGCUUUUGUCAAGAUAACUCUCUUCUACCGCGACACUUCUCAGCAGCCACCUCUCCCAAACACUCAGACUCAAGGGUGCUCUCCUCUCUGUCCUUGGCACAGGGACUGAGAAAACUCUCCACCAAGGCUCCCUCAAAGCAUCGCACAGAGGUCCCUGCUAACAAAUCCCACUCGACCCACUGCCUUCUGAAAUUCCUGCACAGUUAGAACUGUGUUCCUUAUCGGUGAAUUCCGCUCGUGUUUUGGAGGGGUUUAAAAAAAAGUACAUUCCUGCGUGAAUAUACUGCUGGGUGAUGGUUUCUUCGUGAACUGCCAGCACGUUGAUUUGUCUUGAACACACUUCACUGCAUUUGGUCACUGCUGGUUGGUGUAGAGGGUGGGGGGCAGGCCCAGUUCAGAUAUCACCCGCUACUGAUGUUGGUAGCUAUGGCCAGGAAUUGAGCUCGGGAGGCUGGAGUUCAGUGCAGCGUUGCGAACCAAUGUGCUACUACUCUGCCCCCUUAUGAUGUUCAAUCGCUGUAGCCGCGUGUGAAAAAUGGUUAAUGUGCACGAAUGGCACUGACUGCCAAAAUCUAAGAUUUUCAUGAACUUUUUAAUAAUUAGUCGCUUUUAAAGGCAGCUGAUGUCAAACCCCUCAGUACCUUAACACAUGUCGCACGGAAAUAUAUAUUUAACAAAAAUCAUUUUUUUCCAAUUACAUAAUUGCUAUAUGCAUUGGUUUCCAGCAAAUUCUCCUUCCUCUGAUAUUGGGCUUGCAUAACACUGCCAUUCAUCUAAACAAACCUUUGCACUUGGGUACUAUGUCCUGGCAUGCACGUUAAGCCCUUGGUUCCCUGUUGGUUAAGCAUAGAGAGGGAGUGGUCAUGCAAUGAUUCGUGCACCGAGUGCUCUAAACCCGGCGACCUGAGUUUUUACCGCUUUCACUUAAUCAUGCGUUUAGAGUAUUUGCCUGCUAUACAUUUCCACGUGAUAAGCCACUUUGUUGAGCUCUAAUUUAUGGUCGGGUCGCUUAUGAAAAAGAGCUAGAUAGCUCAGUGGGCCUUACCUUGUAAAAAAAUAUAAUAGUUUAUCAUUUCGCUUUACAGGCUAAGUUGAAUUACCUAUGUCAGAGUUCGGGCUGAGCAGAUAUUCCUCUUUUGACUUUUUAUACUCAACAUUAAAUAUUAAAUUUUGUCAACAAGGUGGUCUUGACCUUCUACUCGCAAUAAUUUAUGGGAAAGCCUUACUUAUUUCUGGGGAAAGACCUGCCCAGCUCCCGUAUUGGAAAAUCAUGGUAACACCACUUUUUUUUUACCAAAUGAGAUUGUCCUUUCAGUUCAGGUAAACUCGAGUUGACUCAAAAUGGUUGUCCUUGGAGACGAGGUACAGUAUUUGAUUCCGGUCCACUGCUGACAUUGGUGGCAGGUGAUAAUCUGAACCAGGCCUGGGUAUCCUUCCUUCACCAUCCCAUGCAGAUAACGGUGUUAAAAUAUGGUCAAAGAAGCCAAUAGCGUGGGGAGGCCUUCAUCCAGCAGUGGACUGACAAAGGGUUAUAUUUGCUAUUAUUUAAUACAGUGAUGGUGUUUGCUUGCGAAAGUAAUUUACAAAAGUAAUUUACACAGUCUAUAAAGUCAUACUUUGGUAUGACAUUAUUAUAGAAACAUAAAUGCUACUUUCUAAUUUGCAUUUAUUAUACAACACCAUAAAAUCUGCGUAAUCCAAUUAUAAUCUGACAAGAAUGGGUGCUUUGACCUCAUCAUGGUAAAAUAUUUUUAAACAGCCAACACCGCAUACCACACAUUGCGAUAUCAAAGUGAAACAUCGUUUACUGCACGAUAAGUUCUGAUUUUGUAUUUUUAAGUGACCUUUUCUUUUCAGAUAUAACCCAAAAUCCUGGGACUUUGUAGCUCUAUCGGCGUUGUGGUGUUAUGAAGACCAAUGUCCUUGCACAUGUGAAUUGCACCAUUCUUCUGGUUGUUUUCAUAUUUUCUACCGUGACGUUGAGGGCGGUCGAAGUCAGGUGGGUUUUUGUGAUCUUUGUUGGCCAAGAGCCAUCUUCUAUAAAGAGCCAUAUAUACAUAUUACCAGGUGCCUUCGGCAUGCUGAGCUCAGUAGGCAGCUUUGUAUAGGUCCUAUAGAAACAGUCGGGCUGGAAUUUAAUGGUGCCUAAAAGGUUUAAGGAAGAAUGGUUUGUGUGCACGUUUCCAUGCAUUCGUGUGCGGUGUAUUUAGCGGCGUACUUCGUAUGACACGGUGAAAAGCAACAGCGGCGUGCCCUUGUGCGCAUGUUUGCACGGCUAUAUUGGCACAACUCGCUAAUAAGUAGGGCUGUAACGAUUCGCCUGCCUCGCAAUGUUCCAUGCAACUCAAGAUUAGAAUUGGGUUUUAUUACACUGCGGUGAUUGAAGCGGUCUCUCGUGGCUGGAGGAUACACGUGAACCUAUUACAAACAAAAUAUAUCCGGAUGGAAAAAAACAUUCACUCUUACAGACACGAUUUGAUGCGUGUAUUGUGAACUUAAGAAUCAUUAUUCAUCCAUUAAUCAAUGCGUCAUUGCACCUUAAGGAAUAUUUCACUUGAUGGAUCUCUCCAAACGAUGUUUGGUGGUGGAUUUUAAAGCGUAUACGACGUUACUCAAUGUUUUUUUUCGGUAAAGUCACGUAUGUGGAAAUUUUAGGAUAUUUCCACAUACGUGACUUUACCGAAAAAACCACUGAGUAAUUCAUGCAGUCACGAAAGCUUUAAUUCUUUAUGGUAUACGACGUUGUUUGAAGUCAAAGUGGACAAGUUGCCUUUCCGUGCAUAAUUAUCUGGCCAUGUCCACAGGACAGUGGACCCACGACUGGCUCAGGAGCACCAAUGGAGAUGAACACCGGCGGAGUGCUCGCUUGAGCAAGCAGCAUCCACUGUGAUCCAUGCAUAGUCCUCUGUGUAGUGGGCCUUACUGUGCGUGCAUUGUUUCACGUGAACACACCUGGCCUGCCAUUUUCCAUGUGCAUCAUAUUGGCAAGGCGGAUUGGCCCUAGCGUGCUCUCGCACGAAGGUUUUGUUUUAGCCUUUUCGUGCUUGUGGGUGGCAGUACACUCACUGGCGUGUCAACCAUGCACGCGCGCACACAUACGUACGUACACACAUACGUGCAUUCAUACCUAACGCGCACACCUUUAACGGUAUGUGUGUGUUUAUAUUCAGUGCUAAAUUUAUCAAACAAAUAUUUUCCGCAUCACCAAUGGACUAGCGAGUGGCACACAACUAGUAAUCGCAGCCAUGACAUGAUGCAUACUGGAUGUGAUGUGCCGUGUCCCGAACUAUUUUCCGGGUCCUUGGCCCAAACAGACCUGGCUGAAAUGAAGCCCUGUUUAUUUUAUCCAUCUGCUUGGGUGGCAUUGUGGCAGGAUGUUCAACUCGCAAUUGUGAGAAGGUUGUGAGUACAAAACCUGGCUGGGGGGGGGGGGGGGGUUACUCUGAGGUUAAUAAAAUAGGUACCACUUUGUGGGAAGUCAGCAGUGGUUGUUGUGUGGAGAGACUUGACCAUUCUAUAGAAACGUGGAGUUGUCACAAUUGACUCAGGGCCACCAUUGGGGAUGAGAUUGGGUUGCCACCUUUGAGGUACAAAAACAAGUGGGCAAUUCACGGGAAGAAUAAUAUCUCAGAAUAACAGAAGGGCGGAGAACUGCACGUUAAUGCAUUUUUUGAGUGGACGCCGGCACCAUGAAUGUCCCGAGAAGACUUAUAAUUUUCCCACGACAAGCUAUCGCCUCAAGAAAGAGGACAAUUUUGGGAAAAGCAGGAUAGAUUUCAACCCCAGGAUGGGCAACGCCCCAGUGAGUGCACCGUGUGUAAAAAUAUAUAAAU